CUUCAAUAAUCACACGAUCAAGAGAAGGACGCGCGCAUGUCCCCAGAAUCUUUGAUUCACCUAAUCUGUUCAAGUCGCAUGGUCUUGUAAAAUCGCGACUUCUGGGACUUUUCAGAAAAAAUGGAUGCCUUCAAGCUCUUGACCAGAGCCACCAAGUUGAAGACCGGUGCCACUAGUAGUACCCUUUCUUCGACGCUACCAUCUAAAGGCAAGGCGCAAAAUCCUCAACUCUUCCGCGCCCCGGAGGCCGAGAAACAGCUUCUACAGGGAAAUGGCUCUUCCAACAAGAAGCGCAAGAGGACUCAUGCGGCGGCAGCGGCGUCGUCGGAUUCCGAGGAUGAUGGUGAUGAUGUUCCGGAUCUAGAUUUCUUCGGCACAGGCAAGGGCUCGGCGUCGACGGCGAAGAAGGAGCAGGCUUUGGCUGCGAAGGAGAAGGAGGAUGAGUCCGAGUCCGAGGAAGCCGAAUCUAUGGAUGAGGUGCAGCGACGCACAAUCUUGAAUGCCCACAAGAUCAAGGUUACGGAUAUGCGGGACCUGGAAGAGGUUCAGCAGGCGGCGACGGCCGGCGAAGAGUCAAAGAAGAAAAAGAAGAAGAGAAAGCAGGAGAAAGAGAGCAGUAGCAGCAGCGCUGCUCAGCCGCUCACCAAGAAGGAGCAGAAGAAGGCGCGUCGGUUGUUCCCGCAGCCUUUGGUCUCGUUCAAGGAGCUGCGCACCAAGUAUAACAUCUCUCGGCGUCUUGCGGAGAACAUUGCCGAGCAAGGGUUCACGGUGCCUACGGAGGUUCAACUGGGCACUUUGCCUCUGUUGCUUGGGGAUCAGUCCGUGGCCCAGAAGGCGGGGACGAAUGAGACCGUCGAGCCUGACCUUCUGGUUGUGGCCCCGACGGGAAGUGGAAAGACGCUGUCAUUCAUGAUCCCGGUGAUUAACAAGAUUGUCCGACACCAUCACCAGCAGCAGGAGGAGCGCGGUAUCUUCACCGUGGUCGUUGCUCCGACGAAGGAGCUUGCCAGUCAGAUCGUCAAUGAAGGACGCAAGCUAGCGCUCGGAACGGGAGUCAAGAUCACUCUGAUGAAGAAGGGUAUGCGCGUUGUCGAACGCGACGACGAGGACAGCGACGAAAAGGAUGUUCUCGAUGAGCAGAGUGAGGAAUCUUCUGAGUCAGAGGAUGAGGAGCAGGAGACAGGAAAGAGCAGCAAGAGCAAGGCCCCCGUUACAAAGAGCGACAUCCUCGUCACGACACCGUUGCUCUUGGUCAAUGCGCUUUCUGCAAACAAGACCAAGCCCAUGGCGACGUUGCCCCUGGUGAGAAACAUAGUUCUGGAUGAAGCAGAUGUCCUCUUGGACCCUCUCUUCCGCGAGCAGACCCUUGAUAUCUGGCGUGCAUGCACACACCCUGAACUUCGGGCGAGUCUGUGGUCCGCCACGAUGGGUUCGAACGUCGAGGACCUGGCCAAAUCAACCAUCAAGGAGCGCAAAGAUAAUUUAAGUACGACGAAGUCUUACCCACUCCUUCGUCUCGUCGUGGGGUUGAAAGAUUCAGCUAUUCCGAACAUCAAACACAAGCUAGUCUACGCCGCCACCGAGCAAGGAAAGUUGCUCGGUCUGCGACAGCUUCUUCACCCGGCAGCAGCAGCAGCCUCAGAUGUCCGUCUCCGGCCACCCUUCCUCAUCUUCACCCAAACCAUCCCUCGCGCCAUCGCACUCCACUCCGAAUUGCGCUACGAUAUUCCCGCCGAAGCCGGUGGUUCUUCGCGUAUCGCUGUUCUCCAUUCCGAUCUGUCCGACAACCAGCGGUCCGAGAUCAUGAAGCAGUUCCGCAAGGGCGAGAUCUGGAUUCUCGUCACGACCGACUUGCUAGCUCGUGGUGUCGACUUCCGAGGUAUCAAUGGAGUUGUCAACUACGAUAUUCCUAACUCCGCUGCCGUCUACGUCCACCGCGUCGGACGCACUGGCAGAGCGGGCCGGGAAGGUGGCAUUGCAGUGACAUAUUACACAAAGGAGGAUAUCCCUUACGUGAAGAGUAUCGCAAACGUUAUUGACGUCAGCGAGAAGCUGCGUGGAACCUCGGAGGAGAAGUCGGUUCAGAAAUGGUUGCUGGACGCUCUUCCCGACCUCAGCAAGAAGAGCAAGCAGGAGCUGAAGAAGCACGGUGUCAAGGCCAGACAGUCGAAGAAGGACGGCAAAGAAGACAAGAAGACGAGAAUCAGCACCAAGAGUGGUUACGAACGACGGAUGGAGAACCGGAGAAAGGGCGCGAUCGAAGCCAGCCGCACCAGGAAGACUGAACAACCCGCGGCCGGCGAUGCUGACAGCGACAAGGAGGCCUGGGAUGGUCUCGAUGACUAG